CGAACCUCUGUUCUUCCCCGAUGUCGGUGGUGAAAUCAAUUGACAUCGUGGUGCCCGAGGAUAAGGUCUAUUUGGCAGGCUCCAGCGUAGAUGGCCAAGUGGUUCUGAGUCUUAACAACACUUUGAUCAACCCUGUAGUGAAGGUAGAGCUGGUAGGAAGAGGUUAUUUGCAGUGGAAUGAAGACGUCGGCGCGGACAAGGAUUACAGCAGGGAUGUUGUCUGCAAUAACAAGGCUGACUACAUCAAUAAGACAAAGACGUUCAAGAUAGAGGGGAACUGGCUGGACUUGGGAACCCACACCUUUGACUUCCACUUCACCUUGUCUACCAGACUCCCCUCCACGUUCACCAGCAGGAUAGGCUAUGUUUCCUACUUCCUCCAAGCCUCCUGCUCCAGUCGUGAGCUCAUCUUAGCUAAGAAGAAGAAGUAUUUACUAGUGCAGGGGACCUCUGGCAUCCGUAAAGACAGGCUACAGUCCAAGGACCCUUUUGUAGUGGAAGUCGACAAGGUCGUAGUUUAUCACUGCUGCUUCCAACAAGGCCGCGUGGUCCUGAGGAUUUCCCUGGUGAAAAACGUAUUCUGCCCCAGUGAGAACAUCACCUUCACCACCGAGAUCGACAACCAGACGGGCAAGUCCAUUAAAAGGGUGGUUUUCACCUUGUACUCCAAUGUCCUCUACACGGGCUUCACCGCUAGGUCAGAGCCACGCACCCUGGAAGACCGAAACGUACUGUUAAGGCUGGAGCCCAGGAUGGAAGCUAUGCCCUUUGAGGUCACCAGGAUCACCAACAUAAUGGCCCUGCCCAGUCUGCUACCUGUCAGCUGCGUGUCCUUGGCCAACAAGAUCAUGGAAAUCCGCUAUGAGCUGGUGGGAACCCUUUACCUUCCCUGGUCCAUGUCCAGUGUUGUGGCUAGAGUGCCCGUCCUCAUAGGAACCAUCCCCACGGCCGAUCCCGAGGAGUCAGGCAGUGGCGCUCAUCCGAACCCAUAGCAAGGAGACAACACGCGAGGAGCCAGGAGCCGGUGUGCUGAGGUCCAGACAAUAAAGAUUUGCUGCAAACAUGCUCAUGCCAACUGUCUACUUUCACAACAGGGCUUUGCACAGCAAUGCUCUGGAUUCAGCAGGGGUGCCAGGACCAGGCCAAAACUGAGUAGGAGUAGCUGGACCCUAGGAGAAGGGUGAUAACAUAGAGACCCCGUGCCCUCCCCAGCACAGAAAGGCAGGCAGUUCUACUUAGAGCAGAAAACCAGUCACUAGACCUGAGUUUUAAGGGCUGCUGACAUUAUUGCUUGGCUUGUCUGUGCCUCGGUUUCCCCAGAAACAAUGCAAGAAGCAGGAGCACAGGUUGAGCCCGCCCCCCUCCCCAAUCUUACAUCAUAGCUGGCUUGGGCAGAAUCAUAGAAAGUGCGGGUUGGGAGAGACCUCAGGAAGGAGGAAGGGACACCUGGAAAGGAGUGCGACUUGCCCAAUGUCACACAACAGACCUUGCCACAGACCACAGGUGUCCUGUUUCCUAUGUCAUUGCUCUACCUAUUUAGCCCUACUGCCCCUCUUGGUAUUGCUCUUUCCCCUUUCUCAUUGGGCCCCACUGACACUUGACAUAGAUUCAUGUUUGAACAGGCAGGGCGAGGGACCGCGCUGUCUACAACCUGGGGUGGUCCUCGGGGUACCUUGUGUCUUGGUUGUGCCUGGGUUGUUCUGGGCAGGCCAGCAGUGAAGUCUGUUAUCGAGGCUCUGCUCUCACACUGCUGCAGGCAUCUACUCAGCGCCCUUGUCUCACCUGGGCUCUGUCUUCUGUGCCAGGCACAGACCAGAGCCCAGCCAUACCCUUUCCCCACAGUGCUCCCAGACCACUGGUGUUAAAGAGGUCUUGGGGAAAAACCAAGCAUUUCAAACUCUCUAGCUCUGUCCCCACUUACAUUCUG